AUGAAAAAAUUACCCAAAAGUUAUCUUGAACCUAAAAUUUUUGAUAACAAAUAUAUAAUCAAGAAUCAACUCAGCUCAGGAUCUUUCAGUGGAAGAAGUUGCAGUCAAAUUAGAAAAGGAGAACAUGAAACUUUGGAUCAAGAAGUUUAUUUACUGACGAAAAUAUAAGGAAUAUAAGGAAUAACAAAAUUGUAUUGGUUUGGAGCAGAAUAAAAUUAUAAUGUAAUAGUUGUUGAAUUAUUGGGACGAGACCUAGGGUAUUAUAGUAGAACAUAUAAAUAAUUAUCACUGAAAACUGGAUUGCAAUUAUUGGAUUAAUUAUUGACUAUCUUUAAAUAAGUGCAUUCAAGAGGAAUAGUGCAUAGGGAUUUGAAACCAGAAAACAUAAUGAUAGGCAAAUAAAAUCAGUCUAUUAUAAGACCAUUUAAAGAUAGAAAAUCAUUUAUUGGAACUACUAGAUAUGCUUCAAUUGCUGCUCAUAGAAAUUUGAAAUUAGUAAGAAGGAUGAUCUAGAAUCAAUGA